GCCAAUAAAACUCAAUUUUCCUUUCGCAGAUUAUCAUUUCUCAGGGAUUCUCGGAGAGAUUUGAGAUUUACCUUAAGCAAAAAAUGUCGAGCACUCAUCAGAAUCGGCGGACUUCGUUUUCCUCGUCGACUAAAUCGUCCAUGGCAAAGCGUCACGCACUGUCUUCUUCGUCGGAAACCUCUGUGAAACCGAGCUCUAACAUUACGGUUAUGGCGGAUCCACGGUUGACGAAGAAACGAGCCCCACUUGGUAACAUCACAAAUCAAAAGAACGGUUCACGAAUCCCAAAUUCAUCUUCUGAUUUGGCACAUUGCUCGAACAAGUCUGCGAAAUUGAAGUUAGCACCAACACAACCUGUUUGCGUAAAUUCCGGUUUAUCAAGCAAUGUCUUACCUCUGCAACAAAGUGUAAAGCCAAGCGUCGCUCCUACCAAAGUUACUUCCUUUCCCUAUGAACAUAAAGCGGCUUCUCCAAGCAAAUCUGAUGACGAAUCAGUCUCAAUGGACGAGACAGUGUCUACAUGUGAUUCCUACAAGAGCCCUCAAGUAGAGUAUAUCGACAAUGAAGAAAUCUCGGCUGUAGUUUCCAUUGAAAGGAAAGCAUUGAGUAAUCUCUACAUAACGCCGAGCUCAGAGACAACUGGUAACUAUUGCAGAAGAGAUGUACUGUCAGAUAUGGAAACGGAUAAUCCUAAGUUUGUCAACAUUGACAACAAUGAUGCGGAUCCGCAGCUGUGUGCAACAUUUGCUUGUGACAUCUAUAAGCAUCUUCGUGCCGCUGAGGCGAAAAAGCGGCCUGCCAUUGACUUCAUGGAGAGAGUUCAGAAAGAUGUAAACCCUAGCAUGCGAGGAAUACUAGUUGAUUGGCUUGUUGAGGUAUCAGAAGAGUACAGGCUUGUACCAGAGACGUUGUAUCUGACAGUGAACUACAUUGAUAGAUACUUAUCUGGGAACGUGAUCAGUAGGCAGAGACUUCAGUUGCUUGGUGUGGCGUGUAUGAUGAUAGCAGCAAAAUAUGAAGAGAUAUGUGCACCACAGGUUGAGGAAUUCUGCUACAUCACAGACAAUACAUAUCUCAAGGAUGAGGUUCUUGACAUGGAAUCUGCUGUUCUGAAUUUCUUGAAGUUUGAAAUGACAGCACCAACAACCAAAUGCUUUCUAAGACGCUUUGUUCGUGCUGCUCAUGGGGUUCAUGAAGCUCCAUUGAUGCAGCUAGAAUGUAUGGCGAACUACAUCGCAGAACUAUCGCUCUUGGAGUACACAAUGCUCUCUCAUUCUCCUUCGCUGGUCGCUGCUUCCGCUAUUUUCUUGGCUAAAUACAUUCUAGACCCAACAAGACGACCAUGGAAUUCGACAUUGCAGCAUUACACGCAGUAUAGAGCUAUGGAACUGAGAGGAUGUGUCAAGGAUCUUCAACGAUUGUGUAGUAACGCUCAUGUCUCUACUCUUCCUGCUGUAAGAGAGAAGUAUAGUCAACACAAAUACAAGUUUGUGGCAAAGAAGUUUUGUCCAUCCAUAAUCCCACAAGAGUUCUUCAACAACAGCUAAAAUCCCCUCAAUUAACUUUAUUCCAAUGUUGCGUUGGAUUUUGAUUGUCUGAUUUGUAAAUGAUUCUGCUGUUGUUGGCCAUUUAUUAAAAAAUUAGUUAUCUAUGAUCCCACUUCGAAAA